UUAUAAUUACCAUAACAAACAAUACAAAAAAGAAAAAAGGAAGAAGUAAUGUAAUACCGGAGAAUUUUGGAUGAUUUCAUAAAAAACAAUAAUUUUUUUAAAACAAAACUACCUAAAUUACAAAACAAAAUGUCUUCAUCAAAAGCCAUUAACAAUAUGGGAAUGGGCAUUGUGGAACCUCAGGAACGGAUGCACAAUCUAAUAAACUUUGGCAAAGUCAACGAAAUUGAUCCAAAACAAUCAAUCUAUCGUUACUAUCGUUCGGGCACGGAAAUGUUACGCAUGGCUCAUGUGUAUUUGAACGAGAAAAAUCAUGAGAACGCUUUUAUUUUAUACAUGAAAUAUUUGACACUAUUUGUCGAAAAGAUACGAACACAUCCAGAUUUUCCCAGCAUUAAGUCGGAAAUGAAAACCAUCAAUAAACUGAUCAAGGAAGAAGUAAUGCCUACAUCAGAAAAAUUACGACUCAAACUGCUGGAUCGCUACCAGCGAGAAUAUGAACAAUUUUUGGCAAAUAAAGAGGCUGAGCGAGUGCGUGAAUUGGAACGAGAAAAAGAACGACGGCAACGUGAAGCAGCAUCAAAUAAUUCGACUCAUGGCUCUUCUAUAAUACCCGCCAAUCUGCACGUUCAAAUCGAUCCAGAAAAUACACCAUCCGCACCAGAUUUGGGUCUACUCGAUCAAGUGGUGUAUCCCAAUGAUUUUCCCACAGGUGGUGGGCAAAAGAGUAAUUUACUAUUACCAAGUGAUAGCGUGGACAGGGAUAGCAAAGGCAUGAGUAUUCCCACAAAACCCUCAUUUGAUCGUUCACAAAAACCGCAGUACGAACGUUCGGAUUCUUUGUUGGCUGGUUCCUUGCGCAUGGUUGUCAUACCACAAAAUACAAUGGAUAUUUUCCUACAGUUGGCCAAAUCGAAUACGGCAAAAAAUAUUGAAACUUGCGGCAUAUUGGCUGGUUCAUUGGCCAAAAAUCGCUUGCACAUAACCCACAUUAUAAUACCCAAACAACAUGGCACACCCGACUCGUGUAAUACCAUGAAUGAAGAAGAGAUAUUUGAAAUACAAGAUGAUCAGAAUUUAAUAACGUUGGGAUGGAUUCAUACACAUCCAAGCCAAACAGCAUUUUUGUCUUCGGUGGAUCUACACACUCAAUUGGCCUAUCAGUUAAUGAUGCCCGAAGCUAUUGCUAUCGUCUGUGCGCCCAAAUAUCAAACUACUGGUUUCUUUAUACUUACUCCAAACUAUGGUCUGCACUACAUUGCUGAAUGCCGGCAGUCAGGCUUUCAUCCGCAUCCAAAUGACCCGCCUCUAUUUAUGGAAGCCCAACACAUACAAAUGGAUGCCGGACAAAAAAUAAAAGUUGUCGAUUUACGAAGAUAGUUCCAGGAAUUUUAUGUCUAAAUGGAAAAGGACAGAUAGACUACAGAAAAUACAGAGAGAGUCAGCAAUAUUGUAAAUUUCCAAAGAAAACUAUGAAACGAAUUUAAAUUUGAAUACAAAAUUAAAGAAAAUUGGCAUAAAAGUACUUCUUCACUACACGAAAUGGAAAUUUCUUGUAAUCUCAGCUAAAGCAAAAACAAAAAAUUGGCUAAAACAAAAUUAAACUAUUAACAUUUUUUGGCUUCAAAAGGAAACAACAACAAAAAUAACCAAAACUACUAAAUUAUUAUUGUGCAAACAUUAUAUACCUAUAUUUAUAUUUUAAACUUUAGUAAAACAAAAGUGCUUUAAUUGACAAAAAAAGAGAAAUUGAACUAGAGAAAACAUGAAAUGAAAUCAAAAAGAAAUACACACACACACAGACAUAACUUACACACUUAAAUUUAUUACCAGAAUAAAAAUAAAAAAAUAAAAUAAGUGUGUUAAGCAAAAACAACUAUUGAAAAUAGUUAAGAAACCAGCAACAAAUACGUAUUGAUGACACUUGAUAUUUUUCGAGAAUGUAUUUAUGUCUAGUUUAUAAAUAAAUAACAAUAAUUACUAACAACAACAACAGAAAAGAGUAGAAGACAAAAAGCAUUAAAAAAAUAUUUUAUUUUUUAAAUUUAACGCAUAUUUUGCCUAUCUUAGCAUUUGCUCUACUUGGAAUUUCUUGUCGUAUUAAAUAGCUUUAUAUUAACUUCUAUUAACAAUUUAUUUUUAUACUAAUCUAUUAUAAGAUAGUUUGGCAAAAUCAAAAUUAACUUUAAAUUAUUGUUAAGUAGUUUCCUCCUGGGCUGAACAAAUCCAAUUUGAGAAUACAUUUAGAUAAUUUAUUUUUUGAAAUCUUUUCCAGAGCUAAGUAUUCACAGGUGAAUUUAAAAUUUCAAAAACUAACAAAGUUAACGAAAUUGUUCUACAAAAUUCUCUCAGCCUAUAAAGGAUAUAACGUUUAUAAUUAAAAAUCUUUACAUUUAUUUUUCUAUGGAUGUUAUAAAUUUUAUGUUAAGCUUAGCCUUAUUUUGUUAUCUCAUUUAUAACUUGUUUUGUUUGGCAUAUAUAUAGUGUAUAUACACAACAAAAUAAUUUGUUAAACACUUUAA